AUGUCAAAGUUCAUAUUGCUUGCAACAAGAUUGAAAUAUCGCCGAGUUCUGUAUAAAUUCUGCAGAGAGCCAACCGCCGUUGAUCUGAUCCGAUCAAAUCUUUCUAUUUGGCUCUCUAAAGUUGGUAACGCUCGCCUCCGUGUUUGCCUCGAUAAGCCUGGACAUUUCACACAACGGCGUGGGAAUGUCGUCUACCUUGCACCGGAUGAUAGGGAAGGUGUUCUGAACUUCAGCGAUCUUCGGGCUGCAAUUCUGGAGGGUUUCAAGCAACCCGUCGACCGACAGUGGAGGGGAUACCAACCUCAUCUGACGAUUGGACAGAGUAAGGCCAAUGAUAAUAAUGCCCGUGAUUAUCUACUGUCGAAGGCAGAACUACUCCCGCUGAUUGAAUGGGAGGUGGGGCAGCUCGCCAUCGUGGUCCGCGAGAAGUCCGGCAAUAUGAACAAGAUGAAAUUGUGGGGGACAAUUGACUUGGAUAAGGCUGCCACGUUUAACCAAAUUGCCAUUGCUGCGCGGGAUGUGGGACAGGAUGGAGAUGACAGGGAAUCUUCGUCUCUGUCUUCAGCAGACUCGGAAUUAUCCUUACAAGAUCUCCAUGUAAACCCAGAACGCGGUGGUUCUGGCGCUGAAUCCAGGAUCACCUAUAUGUUUUCGGAUGACGCUGGAAUCUGGACUCCUGCGGAAGCAAGCAGUGCCCCAGAAGACGAGGAACAAAUUCCUAGCACGCUGAAGGUGUCAAGUUACAAUGUCUUAGUUGAGUCUAUGCAUCCACCAGCAACGGAUAGGUAUCCUAUUCUUCUUCACACCCUGAUCUCCAAAACCUCCGUGGCCGACGUUUUAGUACUUCAGGAAGUUUCAGACGACUUUUUAGCCUACAUCCUUAGCCAGGAUGCUAUUCGAACUAUGUAUCCUUUCGCUACGCAUGGCCCACCGGAUCAGAAGGGAAUUGGCCCAUUACCAAGUUUGCGAAAUGUCAUUGCGCUGAGCCGCUCUAACUUUACGUGGAGUUGGCUUCCUCUGGGCACCAACCAUAAAGGUGCUGUCCUUCUCGCUUUGAGCAACGUUGGGAAAAUGGAUGACUCCGGUUUCCUCCCAACAAUAAUUGCUGGUGUUCACCUUUCCAGCGGCCUUUUUGACUAUGCUGUGGCGGCAAGGAAGCAACAGCUCGAGAGAUUAUUCCAUUUCCUCUCUGCGACCCAUGCCAACAACCCCAAAGUUAUCGCUGGUGACUUUAAUAUGACAACGUCUACUAUCAUUCAUGAGGAAGCAUCUGAGAGAAAGUUGAUGUCGCCACAAUCUAUAGCGACUCUCCCCGUUCUAGAAUCCAUGCUACAAUAUUCUGGCUAUUUGGAUUCGUGGCUUGUAGCCCAGACUGGGAUGAAAGACAUGGUUUCACCAGCUCGACUGGAACGAGACUUCACGCAGCUAUGUGACGGAGAACAGGGUGCUACGUUCGACCCUCUUGAGAACUCGCUCGCUGCCGCUUCAUCUGCCAGCACGGCAAAUCCAAGACCACACCGAUACGAUAGAAUCCUUUUCGGCGAGGAUGACUUGAAGGUCACUGCGUUCAACAUGUUUGGCUUUCCCAUAAAACGAAUUGAUGAAGCGACCGAGGAUAUCAAGCUACAAUUCCCAAGUGAUCAUUGGGGGAUCAGAGCGUCCUUGGAGCUGGGAACGAAUGGUGGAGGACGCGGGAACAUCCCCGUGAAAUCUACACCCAUUGAUAUCGAGAAGGCCCACCCCAACUUUGAUGACCCUGUCUCGCUGAAAAUAUGUCAGGAAGAUCAGUCUAUUGUACCAUCUCCUGAAAGCGCAGAGGCACGGAAAGCUGCAUUCUUGCUUUUGAAACAUAUCAUCCAGGACGGCUCACUAUCAGAGCCUAGCAACGGCGAGGAGAUUGGCCGAUCGAAGUUCUCAAUCGUAGUUACUACUGUUGGUUCUUCUGGCUUAGGAGUUUGGACUGAGUCGUCAGAUAUAGAUUGUCUGUGUGUUGGUUCGAUUAGCGCGAACGUCUUCUUCGAGCUUAUUAUCCAGAGAUUGAGGAACAGGAUAGAUCUAGGAGUGAAAAUCAUUCGAAGGGUCAAGCCAGCUUUUGGGACAAUGUUGGAGCUUGAAAUUAACGGGAUCAAGUUCGAUUUGCAAUAUUGUCCAGCGGCAGCUGUUGCGAAAAGGUGGCUAGAAGUACCUAAUUUGCCUCAAUCAAGCCCUUUAUUUAACCUAUCACUUAUCCCUCGGAUGAAACUCCAGCCUUACCGGGAUCAGGCCUACCUUCAACGAACGAUUCGGAAUCCCGCGACAUUCCGUUUACUACAUCGUAUCAUCAAAGGGUGGGCCAAAUACCGAGGAAUUUACUCCUCGAGGUUUGGCUACCUUGGAGGAAUUCAUAUUACUCUGAUGUUGUCCAGGCUUAUGAAGCUCCUCCCUCCCAACCCGGGUAGUGCUGCAGAUAUUCUUUGUACAUUUUUCAAUCAUUAUGGAAACUUCAACUGGGAGAAAGACGCUGUGUAUGACCCGAUCUUCCAUGAGAAACCGCCUCGGAAUUAUAGACCCCCGCGAGAGGGUAUGAUUAUAUUCACUCUCCAUACCCCUAUUAUCAAUGUUGCGCGUUCCACUUCAAUCCCCUCAAUGAGGAAGAUAGUUGAUGAGAUGAAACGCGCCGAGAAUCUCAUUUCAGAAGGGAAUGCAAAUUGGGCAGAACUUCUUGGGGUUUACCCUAAACCCGGAAAGUCGGCGUUAUCCAGUUCUGCCGAUGAGUUCUUGAAAUCAUACAACAGUUAUAUCAAGAUCAAUGUGCAGUAUUGGAGCCUUUCAUUGGCGAAGGGAAGUUCGCUAGUCGGCUGGGUGGAAUCCAGAUGCCUGGACCUCCUUAAUGAUCUGUAUCGAGAGUUUCCCGACAUCCAGGCCAGAAUCUGGCCUGCCAGAUUUACACAGAACGAGGAACACGAAAAUUCCACCCCGGCGCAAGAGGAGCACGAAUAUCAAGGUUGCUACUUAGUUGGUUUAAGGAAAGCAGAUCAUGCGACCGACCCAACACGCACGUUUAGUAAAUUCGACCGCAAACUCGCGCAGAAUACACUCCAAGCUUCAAUGGAUCAGAGUGUCGCAAGUAGUGUCCAGAGCAACAAGAAAUACUUCCAAUCUCGCCUCAGCCUGGGUCGACGUUUCGGAAAUUUCGAUGACAACGAAGCAGCCACAGAAGCUGACAGCAUUUCAUCCACGAGGAAGAAAGGUACCUUUUUAUCUACCAGCAAACCGGUGUCAACGGCGAAGUUGCGCCCAGCCUCCGACAUCCUGAACCGGCUCCGUUGGGACCCUUCGUUUCACGGCGCGGAGUACAUCAUUGGCUACGAAGACCGAUUUCUGGGAGCAAAGGAGAUUCCGCUCGAUCGGUGGAAGUCGGAGCAGACAGACGAGGAGUUUAUUCCGCAGCAUCGGAUACUGUAUUUCAAGCGGAAGGCUGAUGGGAAGGUCGUGUGGGAUCGAGAAACGAGAAGGGAUGAGAUUUUUGGGAGUGGGGCGAGCAAAGGUGAUGAAUGA